UGGUGAGUCCCCAGUGGUGGGACCCCAGUGGUGGGACCCGAGCGUGGCUGUGAUGCCCAGCGACUCUGUCCUGCUGCGCCUCAUGACGCUGCAGAGCGGCAGCUGAGGCCUGCUGCUGCUCCGACAGAUGGAUGAGCGGCUCCUCUGUUAAUCAUUGGCCUCCUGCAUCAGCUGCAGUCUUGGGUAAACAUGAGCGGUGCGUACGCCGCUUCAUUAGCUCUGCCUCCCAGCUCCAUCAGCGUCACUGAGACGUGGGACGGCCGUAGCCGUUAUUCCAGGGCUCUGCAGGUGGACAGUGGCCUGUGGAACCAUGGCCAUGAAGCGCGGCAGCGGCGCUGCGACGGGACUCCUUCUGCCUCACUCUUUCUCCAAGGCUCUGCGCGGCUCGCCGGGAUGUGAUCCACAUGCGUUCACUCAGCAGGAGGACGAGUGCGGGAUCAAGUCAGAGGCCGAGGACAGCCACGAGAGCCCGUCCUCUGAGGAAGAGCAGGACCUGGCGGACCACGGCCCCGAGCGGUCCGUCGCGCAGAGCUCCUCCCCCUCCAGGAAGAGCGUCGGCCAGCUCACCAAGGACAAGAAGAAGCAGACGCAGCUCACUCUGCAGUGGCUGGAGGAGAACUACAUGGUGUGCGAGGGCGUGUGUCUGCCUCGCUGCAUCCUCUACGCUCACUACCUGGACUUCUGCAGGAAGGAGAAGCUGGAGCCGGCGUGUGCCGCCACCUUUGGCAAGACCAUCCGGCAGAAGUUCCCGCUGCUGACCACCAGGCGCCUGGGGACGCGAGGACACUCCAAAUAUCACUACUACGGGAUCGGAAUCAAAGAGAGCAGCGACUACUAUCACGCCGUCUACUCUGGAAAGGGUUUGACCAGGUUCUCCGGGAGCAAGUUGAAGAACGAGGUAGGUUUGUCUGGCCAGCCCGCGGCGAGCCUGUGCUCACGCCGCCCUCUGCUGCAGGGAGGAUUCACCAGGAAAUAUUCCCUCAGCUCCAAAACCGGAACGCUGCUCCCGGACUUCCCCAGCGCCCGGCACCUGCUGCUGCGGGGAGACGUCUCCAGAGAGAAGGUGGACACUCUGAUCGUGAUGUACAAGACACACUGUCAGUGCAUCCUGGACAACGCCAUCAACGCCAGCUUCCCAGAGAUCCAGAACUUCCUGCUCCACUUCUGGCAGGGGAUGCCGGAGCACCUGCUGCCGCUGAUGGAGAACCCCGUCGUCGUCGACAUCUUCUGCGUCUGCGACUCCAUCCUGUACAAGGUUCUAACUGAGGUGCUGAUUCCUGCCACCAUGCAGGAGAUGCCAGAGAGUCUGUUGGCAGACAUCCGCAACUUUGCCAAACACUGGGAGCAGUGGCUGCUCUCGUCGCUGGAGAACCUCCCCGAAUGUCUCGCUGCCAAAAAACUCCCCAUGGCUCGUCGCUUUGUCUCCUCCUUAAAGAGACAGACCUCCUUCUUACACCUGGCGCAGGUGAGGCACCCAGCCACGGCGCGAGAGUCCACGCACACGCUCACUCGACGCCUCCGACAGAUCGCUCGGCCGGCGCUGUUCGACCAGACGGUGGUGACCAACAUGGUGCUGGACAUUGACAACGUGGACCUGAGCAGCAUCAGCUCGCAGCCGCUGCUGAGCGUCACCGCGGCCGGAGACCAGGACCCGGACGUGUACUCCGAGUACGACGCCAUCACCGUCUUCCAGGAGCUGAAGGAGCUGCUGCGCAAGAACGCCACAGUGGAGUCUUUCAUCGAGUGGCUGGACUCGGUCAUGGAGCACAAAGUUAUUAAGCCUGGAAAGCAAGGCGGCCGCUCGGUGAAGAAGAGAGCGCAGGACUUUCUGCUCCGCUGGAGUUUCUUCGGCGCCAGAGUGAUGCACAGCCUCACGCUCAACAACGCCUCCAGCUUCGGUUCCUUCCACCUGAUCCGGAUGCUGUUGGACGAGUACAUCCUGCUGGCGCUGGAGACCCAGUUCAACAACCACAAGGAGCAGGAGCUGCAGAAGCUUCUGGACAAAUACAUGAGGAACGCAGAUGCCAGCAAGGCAGCGUUCCAGGCCUCUCCCACUUCCUGCUUCUUAGCCAAUCGCAACAAGGUGACUCCAGUCUGCGACCCGUCAGUGAAGGACGAGUCUGUGGUGGGACGCGCCUACAUGUCCCUGUCUGACCUGCCAGAAGACCUGGACACGGUGGUGUACCAGGGGACGGAGUCUGCCGGCUUCGCUUCAGGAGCUCAGAUGGACUUCUCGCACGCCGCCGCGCCUCUCAUGACACCCCCCAUCUCUCCGGCGGCAUUAGUUCCGCGAGGCUCUGUCAUCAACCAGGGGCCCAUGGCAGGGAGAGCCAUCCCACCGCCCUCCUGCUCCUCUCCUCCUCCUUCAUGCCUGAACUCCUUCAGCACCAUGAGCCAGUCUGGGCCCUGCGCUUCCUUCCCGGACAACAUGUACCACUGCGGACUCCAGGCUGCUUCCAGUUACUUCCCUCCGGCUCUCUCCACGCCCGGGUUCCAGGCCACACUCAGUUCUCAGAGUCCAUGUCUGCCGUCGGGUCAGGCCUCCUCCUCCUCGUCCUUCCAGCCGUCCUACAGCGCCCCGGGCGGCGCCUCCUCCUGCUCCCUGAACUCCUACACUCCAGGCCCAGACGCCAGCCAGGCUCCGGUUCUGGACCCAGCAGAGGUGUACGGCUACCUGGAGGCACAGACGUAUUCAGCCUCGGCACAAAGCGGUUACUACAGCAGCAGCAGCAGCAGCAGUUACCUGGAGGGCCAGCGGAUGGCGUCACUGGUGGAGCAGCACGUGUCCGUCAUUAGCAGCGUUGGGAACCGCCGCUGCUUUCCUUCCGUGUAUUCCGAGGUGCACGAUCCGCUCAACCUCCUGGACGAGCCCAGCAGGAAACCAGCCGCCGCUUAUUUCUCCGACACCCCAGCAGAUCCGUCGCUCCAGUCCUCGCACUGCAUGUUCGCCCUCUCCUCGUCCUACAACCCCCAGCAGAGGGAGCCGUCGGCCGCUGAGGUGCAGGAGCUGGUGUCGUCGCUGCCGCCCAUCAACACCGUCUUCAUGGGCACGGGCUGAAGGAGACCCGCUGACUCGGCCCCAAACCUCUGCCUGGCCUCGGAUGCAUCCGUCAGAACAGCCUCCGUUGUCUCGGAGAGGUCGACCAAGUUUGACGAAACACGUCGCGCUUGUCUUGACGCACAACCCGACUUGAGUCAUGACUUGACAUUUGGCCUCACUCUUGACUUGACAACUCCAUUAUCUGACAUGCCUCCUGACUUGAUUUAAUCACCAACAACUGCGCUAGAGACUUGACUGUGUUGAGCUGUUCCCGAUCACUCGUGGUGUCACUGACAAGGGGCUUGACUCCUCGCUUGAGAACUGAUUGUGUCUUCGAUUAAGAAAUAAAAGGGAAGCUAUUCGUGACUUGAUGGACUUCACUCUGCCUCACCUGACCGUGUCCCCAGACUUGUGACCUGUUCGGAGAUGUGAUCGACUUGGUCUGGAUUCUCUGGUGACUUGGCUGAGACGUGUCACGAAGGAAAGGCUUGACUGGAGUCUUGACUGACAGAGCCACGACUCGGGGCUAUGAUCCAGACCAGUGUGGAGGCGACAGCAUGAGGCGAAAAGUGCAGACGAGUGCGACAGAUGGCAGCAGAUGAUGCUUCAUUGCUGGGUCAACAAUGCGGCCGACGGUGGUCCGACCUUUAGCGUGAACAAACGUCAGGACAAUGUUUAACCAGAGCCUCAGUGGAGCCGCCGGCUCCAUCUGCAGACAGUCUCAUCCAUCUAUGGUCAGUAACACAGGUCAGCGGACGUUCAUUUCACACCUGGAAGUCAGACAACGUCCUCCUCAAGGAACAGCUUCUUCCACUGCUGUAAAUCACCACUGUCUUCUGGACUUUGACCACUGUCUCCGGGACGGUCUGCGCUGUGACCAGGUGACCUGACAAACUCCGUCAAAUGAAUAAAUACACGUGAGAAGGUGUGCUGAAAUACGCUUGGACUUCAGUGAGGACAGAACAAGAACAUGAAAAUAUCUUUGCUAAAUCCAAUUCAAUUCAAUUCAAAUAAAAACAAAUCCUAACCCAAAUGCUGUUUGAACAGAAAAUACACCAAUAAAUGAAAUUGAAAAAUGAACGCUUUAGCAAAGAAAAUAAUAAAAUAGAAAAAUGACUUCUGUUAUUUAAACACAACAAAACCAUGUUAACAGAUCAAAGUGAAGUGAAAAACCCAACCAAAACAUACAGUAUACAGUAUGUCGACGAUAAGACCAUGAAAAUGACUACGACAUAUUUGUAAUUGAAAUAAAAGGCAAUUUAAUGGAACGUAUUUCAAUUUAAUAUAUAUAAAUAUAAAUAUAUAUAUAUAUAUAUAUAAUAUAAUAUAUAAUAUAAAGUAAAGGUAAGUCAAACCGAACAACACAAUAAAAAGAACAUUGGAAGCGAGUGCAAAUUGUAAUCCACAGGACAAAAUCCAUCACCCAAAAAAGACUGAAUCCAGCCAUGUGAUUCAUGCGCUGGGAGCGACAUGAAUCAACAGGGCAAAACAGAUCAGCGACAGUGGCGAGCGCCGACACGCGCGCUGUGGUUCCUGACACUUGACUGAGCCUCGGUUUCAUGAGGCGCUGAGGACUCAGGAGAGCACGACCAACUCAUCCAAGACAUGCAGUCCACAUUUGAAAAACGACAAGUGGAACCUUUUUCUCCUCUCCACAGAGUCUGUGGUUCAAUUUCAGCAAGAACUGGCAGGGAACUCUAUUUCCUGGAGGGUAAUUCAAGGUCAAAUAUCUGGGCUGCAAUUCUUCCAACCUCCAUCAGAGAGAAGCACAAGCUGUGUUUUCACACAAGCGUGAAUGGCUGCAAACAAACGUGUGACACCUUCCAGUCAAGGUCGCCAUACUGGCGCUGGUGUCAUGUGACGUGUCCUGCUCUAUAAAACCAGCGAGUGCGUCGCUCGGGCUUUACGUCCAAGAGAGACAGAAGUGCAGCGUUCAGGCGGACGGCACCGAUGAACUGGAGGAGCUGAGGGGAGGCCUUUCAUGAGCCGAGCGACCACCUGAGAGAAGCUCUUCUGCCAUCCACCACCAUGGGUCGGAGGGGAUGGGCAGACGUCUGCUGUCACGUCUGAAUGACACGUGACAGACAAAUGUCCACAACCAAAACACACAUCCGUCAUUCACUCCCCGCAAUUUGGACACCACACGUCUAUUUUUGUGUUGUUCAUUUCAUUUUCUGAAUGGGACAAUGUUGCUCACCUUUAAUGAAUGUGUUAUUUUUUUAAAUCAAUGGUCCAAUUUCAGUGACUUUAUUUUCAUUUAGUCGCUAGCUUCAUUCAUUCGUCACACGGUCACUGCUGCAGAUUCAUCUAAUAAAUGACUGGUAAAAAACUGCGUUUGAAAUAUGUAAAACAAAAAAAAAACCCAAAUAGUUCAAAUAGUUCAAACGAAACACUCAAGUUGGCUGUAUGUCAAGAAAAAUCCAAUGUAUCUGCACAAUG